AUGUCGGGCACGAAGAAAUCGCAAAGUCCCCAAAACAGUCCGGCCCCUAAGUCAUCAACUCGGGGCGUUAUGAACUGCAAGCCAUGUCAGAUUCGCAAGAUCAAAUGUGACAGAGCGUUACCUGCGUGUGGAGUAUGUCAACUCUAUCAAAGGUCGUGCUUCUAUGAGGGUGUUCCCAAGAAGCGAGGACCAAAGAAGGAAUCUCUCAGCGCUUUGAUAAAGCGAAUCGAUGGUCUCGAAGAACUCCUCAAGGCAGAGAAGACACCAACGCCACCUGGAUCGAAUGUUAUCAACACCGAUGUAAAUGGGUUCCAUUCCUACAACAACGCGAGCUUCGACACUUGCGGCUCUGCAUCGUCUGAAGUGUCUCCUUGCAGCCCUUUCCAUGAAGGUGGCUUUAAAAUGAAUUCGGACUUCCCAUCUGUCAUCAAUGCCGAGGGUCUGGUUGACAUCUACUUCACAUACUUCCACCGCAAUCCCUAUGAGAUUCUGGACGAAGAGGUGACGAAGCAGAAACUUAAAGACAAUCAGCUUCCCAAACCAGUGCUGUAUGCUCUCUGUGCCGUUGCAACGAGAUAUUCAGAACAGCCAGGCAAAGGACCAAGUAGUUAUGUUUCCGCGGAGACCUAUGCUUCGUGGGCCCAAAAAGAACUGGAAAAUGCCAAUGUCUCACUCGACAGUUGUCAAGCGCUUCUCUUACUAGUGACAGCAUUUGCGGCCAUGGGCAACGGAAGCAGAGCGUACAAUGUUCUCUCUCAUGCAGUCAGCACAGUUAUGGCACUUGAGCUGUAUCAAUGCGCAGAAGAAAACGAGGAUCAUAGCGCACCAGAAAAUAAGCUGAGAAAGCGGCUCUUUUGGACUUGUUAUGUCAUGAAUGUUUUCGUGGCAACAUGGCUCGAGCGGCCCUCUUUGAUCGAUGAUGCCAUAGUCAAGGCAACCAUUCCGUUUUCUAAUCAGCAAUCUCAAUCUGUAUGGCAGUCCAAGAAUGACUACACCUCUACGACCGACACUGAACAACUUUUGGACAAAGACAAGAGUUAUGGGCUCCAAAAGCUUGUUUGGGUUGCUCAAAUCCUUUCGGACACCAACAGAUAUCUGCUCAUUACAGAUCCUACGACGCAAGAUGCAUACGGCCACCGACACAAGAUCCGACAUGAUCUGGACCUCUGGGCAGCCGACAUUAGUCGCAAUCCCGAUUACCCACACCAACUGCUUGACGGCCCCGAGGCAAACGUCCUGCUUGAGUGUCGGGUGAUUUAUCACUUGAUUUACUGUCUUCUUCAUCGCCCCCUUCUGCCGUUGCGUCUCGGCAAGCCGGUAGGGGCAAUGAUGACACAGCACUGGAUGUCCGAGGCCAUAGAGAUGGCAUUCCGUCACGCAACGGCAAUCAUCGAGCUGGUUGAUCAGAGUUUUCAGACCAAAGCUUUGCAUCUGCCACCCUUCGUAUCUUAUUGCAUCUUCACAGCCGGGACAAUUCACUCUCAUGGAGUUCACUAUUACGCCAAUGAUCACAAUCAUCAAGGCUUGGGCAUUGGGCUUCCCUCCUUUGCCAGUUCUCCGAUGGCGGCAGAAUCCUUCGCCACCUCUUCUGAGCUUCUCAGCAAGGGCAUUCAGCAGCUCUCUGCUAUGAGCAAUGAGUUUGAAUCAGCGCGUCUCUUCAAGCAGCGUCUCGACGAUCUCACCAAGGAGCAUGCCCGCUUGCUGCGGAGUGAUGUAGCUGGCUACAACCCGCCCCAGUCGAACAGGUUCUUUCGCCGAUACUCCGUCGAACUCCGCCAAAAGGUCCAAGGAUUCCAUGCCGUCGAAUCGUCCGCUGUUACCCCUACGUACUCGCAGCCACCAGGAUCUCCAGAUGAAAAUGCCGCAAAGAUGACAUACUCAGCCGGAGCGUGGAAUGCAACUCAAAACCAUGGUGUUUCCAAAUUACCCUUCGCACCGCCAAGGCCAAGCAUCGCCAAUUCAGCAGCCCACAGUCUGGGCCACUCCAGAUCGUUCUCGGACAGCAUGUCUCUGAACCAGUCAUAUUCAUUUGCAGCAACCAAUCACAUGUCACAGAGGCCGCUGCCGGUGUGGACUGGCUUCCAAGAUGCUACACCAAGACAGAUCACCAUCCAUGAUACACCGGCACCGGACCCCUCGUCACAGCUGACUUCCCCUAUUCAACAACAGGAACAGGUCGUGGCUUCAAGCCAAGGUGGCUGGGGUGGGGUCAAAAGUUUUGCCUGUGGCGACUCUCUUGGUUACGAGGUUCUUCCAGGUUCAGUCGUGGCGGCUGGUCCGAUGUAUCAUCCAGGAGACGAGCUGCAGGGCUCGUUUGUAGCAUUCCAAAACUUUUCUGUAUUAUAG